AUGAACAAAUCUCAGCCGUUCAUUUUACAUCACCGGCCAGUAUCCUCACUACACAUCCCCAUGAAGUUCUCUCUCCCCUUCACAACCCCCUUCAACAUCCUGCAGCUCCCUCUCUCCCCCUCCCUCUCUCCCCCUCCAAGAUCAUCGGCGCUCGGCGCUCUCUCCCCCUCGAUCUCGAUUCGCGAGCUCACCGCAAAUCUGGACCACCUCCGCGAGCCGACCCCGCCGUUGAUCUCUCUCCCUCUCGAACUCGAUCUCGAUCCGCGAGCGGAGUUCGUCGCAGAUCUGGACCACCUCCGCGAGCUCUCUCUUUUCCCCAAAACUCUCCCUAAAAUUCCUCCGCAAGAUUCCUCCUCCGACGCUGCAGGCAUUAUGGAAGAGAAUGCGGAAGAAAACAAUGAUAGUUUGGAGUGUUCAAAAGAAGACUUGAAACCUAAAUUUUUUAUGGAGUUUGAUUCUGAGAUUGAUGCAUAUGACUUUUAUAACGAAUAUGCACGUAGUGAAGGCUUUAGCAUUAGAAGAGCUGCUUAUGCUGCAGAUAAACAAGGUGUACUCACUUCAAGAACAUUUGUUUGUUGUAAGGAAGGUUUACGGAAGGCGGAUAAGAGAGACGAUUUGACGAGAAAUCCAAGAGGAGAGACAAGGACUAAUUGUGGAGCGAUUAUGGGGAUUAAAUUGGUAAGGCGUACUGGAAAGUAUUCUGUUUAUCGUUUCUCUGAAGAGCAUAACCAUCAUCUUAUCAGUCAAGAAUCUGUCCAUUUUAUGCCAUCUCAUCGAAAAAUCACUUCAUCAGAUGAAGCCUUUUUAGACUUGACAGCAAAUUCAGGUCUUUCGCCUAAGUCUGCAUUUGAAUUAAUGGGUCAACAAGCAGGUGGUAGAGAGUCACUGGGAUUUACUAAGGUAGACCAAAAGAAUUACCUUCGAACUGUCCGACAGAAAAAAAUGAAAUUUGGGGAAGCUGGUUAUCUGAUAGAAUAUUUUUCAAAGCAAAUGUUGGAAAAUCCUUCGUUCUUCUAUGAGAUGCAGUUGGACACUGAGGAACAAAUUACCAACGUUUUUUGGGCUGAUGCUAAAAUGAUAAUGGAUUAUGGUAUAUUUGGUGAUGUGGUAAGUUUUGAUACAACUUACAAACUUAAUGAAGCAAAUCGACCAUUUGCGGUGUUUGUUGGAUUAAAUCAUCAUAGAGAGACUAUUAUUUUUGGAGCUGCCUUAAUGUACGACGAGACCGCAGCAUCUUUUAUAUGGUUGUUUGAAACCUUUUUAAAGGCAAUGUGUGGGAAGCCUCCACAAACCUUUUUCACUGAUCAAGAUGCAGCGAUAGCCAAGGCUGUAUUACAUGUGAUGCCAGGUACUUACCAUCGACUUUGUAUAUGGCAUUUGAUGCAAAAUGCUGUCAAGAAUGUUGGCUUCUUAUUUCGAGACCACAAUGAAGCAGAUGAAGGCAAUGUGUUCAACAAAUUUCUUUAUCAAAUUGAGGAAGAGGAUGAGUUCUUGAGUGCUUGGCAGUCCACGCUGGAUGAGUACAAUGCACAUGAUGAUACUUGGGUAGCUGCAACAUUUGAAAUAAGAAAAAAAUGGGUGCAUGCAUAUGUGAAGUGGACAUGGUCAACAGGAAUGCAAACUACACAAUUGAGUGAAAGCUUUAAUGCUAGUUUGAAGGGGUAUUUGAAAUCAGACGUACAAUUGCCUGAGUUUUUUACUCACUUUAUAAGAAUGAUAUUUGAUAAGCGGUAUAAGGAAUUGGAAGCUGAGUAUGAUUUGUUGUUCCGGAUUGUUCACUGCAAAAUGGAGGCAUUGCAUCAAAGUGAUGACAGAAGGCAGAGAAACUACACUGAUAAAAAAGAUACCUGA